UCCAGGCGGUGCUGCGGACCCAGCCGGCCACUCGCUUGGGCGCCAGUCCUCAUGGCCACCAGCCUGGGCAGCUCCCUGCCCGCCCUGGCCAGCGCCCUCCGGCCUGACCCCACCCUCUCCCUGGAGCAGAAGGCAACCUUCCUCUUCCUCUUCUUCCUCUUCGUCUUCCUGGCGGUGCUGAUUGUCCGUUGCUUCCGGAUCCUCCUGGACCCCUACCGGAGUAUGCCUCCCUCCACCUGGACCGAUUACGUGGAGAAAGACACCCUGGACUACCGCCUGGCCUGA